AUGGAGAGAUUUUGUUGUAUUCAAAACUCAGUUCUGCUUUCGUUUCUUCUUGUUCUGUUUUUCUUCCUCCCCAACUGUUUUGCUUCGAAUCAAAACGAUGAUGAUGAUAAACGGGUUCGGGUCCGGGUCGGGUUGGUUUUGGAUUUGGGUUCCGUGGAAGGGAAGAUAGUGAGAAGCUCUGUUUCCUUGGCGCUUUCUGAUUUCUACAAUAUUCACAAUGGUUACAAAACCAGAGUCUCUCUUUCAGUCAGAGAUUCUCAUGGAGAGCCUCUUCUUGGUCUUGCUUCUGUUGUAGAGUUGCAGCAAACAGGAGUGGAAGCUAUUAUUGGCGGGAACUCGUUGCUAGAAGCGAAGCUUAUGGCGGAACUUGGAGAGAAAGCUAGGGUUCCUGUGAUAUCUCUUAACUCUCCAAUGUCAUUGUCGUUGAGCAAUUACAGUCACUUUAUUCAAGUGACACAUGAUUAUGCUUCAGAGGCUAAGGGAAUCACAGCUUUUAUCAAUGGGUUUGAUUGGAACAGUGUUGCUCUUGUUUAUGAAGAUCAUGAUGAUUGGAGAGAGACUAUGCAACUUAUGGUGGAGCAUUUAUAUGAGAACAACGUUCGUGUACAGUCCAAGAUUGGUUUUACUGUCUCUUCAAGUGAGAGUUCUUUGAUGGAUCGGUUACAGAAGCUGAAGGACUUGGGAAGUACUGUCUUCGUUGUUCAUUUGUCUGAAGUUAUUGCAACUCGUCUUUUCCCAUGUGCUGAGAAAUUAGGGUUGAUGGAUGACGGGUUUGCUUGGAUUCUCACUGCUAGAAGCAUGAGCAGUUUACAUGAAUCCGCUGAUGAUUUCGCAAAGGAGACAAUGGAAGGUGUGGUUGGUUUCAAGUCUUAUAUACCACUGUCAAAAGAGCUUCACAACUUCACUUUGAGAUGGAGGAAAUCACUCCCUGUUGAAGAAGUUACUCGGUUGAGUAUCUCUGGCGUAUGGGCUCACGAUAUCGCUUGGGGUCUGGCUAGUGCAGCUGAAGUUACAAGGAUGCCAAAUGUAUCAUUAACUUUCCUUGAGGCAAUCACAGAGAGUAGGUUUAAGGGUUUGAGUGGUGAUUUCCAAUUGAAUGAUAAGAAGUUGUUGUCAAACAAGUUUGAGAUUGUGAAUAUGAUAGGAUCAGGUGAGAGAAGGGUAGGAUUCUGGAAUUCUAAUGGUAGUUUCAGCAAUAGAAGACAUUUAUCUUCUACUCAUAACAAGCUGGAGACUAUAAUUUGGCCCGGUGGGUCGAUCCAAAGUCCGAAAGGGAGUAUUUUAAGAGAGGGCGAUAGAAAAAAGCUGAGGGUUCUUGUUACAUCUAGCAAUAGAUUCCCAAGACUGAUGAAGGUAGAUGUUGAUCCAGUAACAGAUGAUAUAACAAAUGUUGAAGGGUUCUGUAUAGACGUCUUUCAAGCUUCCAUUGCACCUUUCAACUAUGAAGUGGAGUACAUACGUUGGCGCAAUGGAAGUAACUACAACAAUCUUGCAUAUGCACUUCAUAGCCAGAAAGACAAAUAUGAUGCGGCCGUGGGAGAUAUUACAAUCACUUCUAAUAGAUCGACAUAUGUUGAUUUUACGUUGCCAUUCACUGAAAUGGGUCUUGGAAUUAUAGCAGCAAAGGAGAGAAGUAUGUGGGUGUUCUUUGAACCUCUAACACCAGACCUAUGGAUAACAAGUGCAGCUUUCUUUGUCUUAACGGGUAUUAUAGUUUGGUUGAUAGAAAGACCUGAAAACAAGGAGUUCCAAGGAUCUUGGUCGGAACAAAUUGGAGUUGUGCUUUGGUUUGGAUUCUCUACCCUUGUUUAUGCUCAUAGAGAGAGACUAAAACACAACUUGUCAAGAUUUGUAGUUACAGUUUGGGUAUUUGUAGUGCUCAUAUUGGUAACAAGUUACACUGCAACAUUGACAUCAAUGAUGACGGUGCAACAAAUACGAUUCAACUCCAAUGAAGACUAUGUUGGUCAUCUCUCGGGCUCCCACAUCGCGAAUGCGGCCCUCACCAAUUCCAGCCUCCGGGCAAUGAAAUUACUAGGUCUCAAUACUUCAGAAGAUUAUGCUCAAGCUUUGUUGAACAAAACUGUGACAUAUAUUGUCAGUGAGUUGCCAUACCUCAAAGUCGUCCUUGGCGAAUACCCUGGACAUUUUCUAAUGGUCAAGACACAAUCUACCACCAAUGGUUUUGGCUUUAUGUUCCAGAAGGGCUCAGAGUUAACGCCUCUUGUCUCCCGAGAGAUCGCGAAGCUAAGGACAAGCGAGAGGCUAAACGAGAUGGAGAGAAGAUGGUUUGAUAAACAACUUCCAUACACAACAGAUGAUACAUCAAAUCCCAUAACCCUUUAUAGAUUCCGCGGUUUGUUUAUGAUCACCGGAGUUUCAUUCGCUUUCGCUCUUGCAGUACUUCUCAUUCUUUGGCUCCGAGAAAGAUGGGAACUUCUUAUGAACUCGGUCAAUAUAUUCCUCUCACAACGACUUAGACAUUUCAUGAUCCACUUCACAAGAUCUAUCCAUCCUAGUCCUCUUGAUAACCCCAUUGGCGAGAAUGCAGUUCAAAUGGCUCAACGUAACAGACCGUAAGUACUGAUUAACAUAGAGAGCUUAACGUGAUCUUUACUACAAGUGAAGUGGAUGUUCCUGUUCUAGUGCAUGACUCUAUAGCUUACACACAAGUGUUGUGAUGUGGUAUGUCUCUGACUCUGACUCUAACUCUGACCUUGCCGUUCUUCCUCCGCUGGUCCAUUAGUUCUUUGAUCCAAACUGGCUUACGAUUGUGACCAAUUUUGUAAAUCAUAGUGUGAUAAUUCAUAUUCAUAACGUCAUUAUGAGUCUUUUUUUUU